CAUUUCCACGUCGGAAAUCUGACAAGCAGAUCGGUCGCAUGGGACAGGGUCAAGGGCCAAUGCCCUGUCCAGGUCGUGGAGAGUGAGACAUGAGGCUCAGGCUCAGCCCCAAUUGCACCCUGGGCGCUGCACCCAAUACAGACCCCGACGGGCGGUCAUGGAGGCCCCGAGGCGCAACGGGCUCGCUGAGUCUCCUGUCCCAGGACCUCUGAACUUAAGCAUCGCUUUGCGUAGCUCAAGUUCCCCGAACAGCAUUCUCCCGUUCGACUUUACGUCGUUCACCACGGAUUACCACCAGCAAUCAUGGCCCCCCACGCCCCCGCCCCAGCAGCCACCGGCUCAAGUGAAUUCGAAUCUGAACAACAGCAACAACAACCCCAGCUCUCUACAGGAGGACUUUGUGCUAUUUCCUGCCCCGUGUCCCCAGUCUCAACCCAGGGACUCGUGUGCGCCAGCACUGCUCAAUUCUGCCCCUAGACAGCCCGCUUAUCAACCCCACCUGGUUCAAUCAGGAUAUCCUGCUCGACGACAUUCCUCAGCUUUGCAACAACAGCUUCCGAUCUCGCCUGCCCAGGUUCCUUAUUCGGCCAGAAUAGCGUCGCAAUCUACCGGGUAUCCUCUGUCUACGUCUCUUCGGUCUAAUCCUGCUCUGCGGAAGCAUCUCGUGCGUCGCUACGCAACAUCUGCCGCUUCGAAUUCUACACCCGCAGUUACGAAUACUGCCUAUCCUAAUCGUCCACCCGUCCCUCUAUUCAACGAUAGAUCGCACAAUUAUUCUGCCCUUUUGAAUCAGCACAACCAACUUUUGAAGAAACAGCAAGCACUUUACUACUUGAAACAACACCGCCGCAUGAUGUCUACCCCCAACAUUUCCCAAGAUUUCCCCGAACUUUUCGACCUUCCGUCCAAUCACUUUGGGGACGAUUUCAGCUCCCCGGAGUCCAACAUGCUCUCGCCACAGAUGUCUCAUUCGCUCUUUGGCCAGCUGGGGGAUGCCGCUCCGCCGGGCACUAUCUCGCCCCAGGAUCUUUUUAUUGAUGCCUCAGCUCCCCCUUCGGCCACCUUUACCGAUCUCAGCACUCCUCCUCUGGACACGCCCGGUUACUUCAGUCAGAACACAUCUCCCAUGAUCAACACUGAGAUGGAUCUGAACGCAGCCCCAGAGGAGUGGGAGUCCUUGUUUCCUUCUCAGGAUGGGUUCUCCCUGGAUUUCGACACCGCCACUCUUGAACUGGCUGCAUCUUUGCAACAGUCCAAGGCUACCGGACCUCCUCCCUCUCCGAUGAUACGCUCCAGUGCGUCUCCGGCGCCAUCUGCUUCUCCAGCUCCGUCUCGCCCAAGCACCAAGCACUCUACAGUGGCUGGUGUCAAUGCCCGUCAACGGAAGCCAUUGCCGCCAAUCAAGUACGACUCUGGCGAUCCGGCUGCCUUGAAGCGAGCUCGUAAUACCGAAGCUGCCCGUAAGUCUCGGGCGCGGAAGCUGGAGCGUCAAGGAGUCAUGGAGCAACGGAUCAUGGAGCUCGAAAAGAUGCUCGAGGAGUCUCAACAGCGCGAACAAUUCUGGCGUGACAUGGCCGAGAAGGGCGCGAAGUGAACAAAAGUCAAUUGGGUUUUUUCUUUUUAAUUUGUUGGUCUGGGUAUGCGGGUUCGGCUUAUGUAUUGUGCUGCUUGUGCUAUUGUGCCCCUAGUGGGUCGGGGGCGUGGAGCCUCUCGUCCAUCGCCGUCGGAAGCAACAGUCAGUUACCGGUGACGCGGGUAGCAGGACACUUCCGACAGCCAAAAAGUUUUCUUCUUAUUCGGUCCCUCACUAUCGAGGCCGUUUGUUGUAUUUGAUGCUGGUCGAUUCACGCUUGUGAAUCACGCCGCUGUGUUUUAUUUCUCUUCCUUCCCUGGCUUACUUACCCCUGGGGGUCCGUUUGAUGGUUAUUCUGCUUUCUGCUCAAUGGCCGGUUCUGACGUCUCCCGGUUAGCGGGAUUGACUCGUGGCCACUAAUAAUUUACUUUUCAUGUACUUGGCAGAUCCGAGUGUUUUUUUUCUUUUUUUUUUU